AUGCCGUACACUGUGGCACGGGAGCGCACCAUCACGCACCCGCCGCACGCCAUACUACGUACAUUUCGCAGGGACUCCUGUCAGCAGGAUGACGCGCGUGGACCAGGAAAUCCAGCGCGCAGGCAAGUACCACCGGACCAGGAACGGGUCAAGGUCGAGCGCGAGCGCGGGAUCGGAAAGGCGAAGCCUCACAUGAACAAUAUUGGAGAGACCGCUCCGGAAUAUCGCCACACCGCUACGCCCGGCGGCAGGUCGUCGAUUCUCUUGGUGGCUCUCACGAUGAUCUGCGCCUUGCCUGGGGGGGUUCUGGCCAACCUGCAGGGAAAUUUGGCGAAGAACUCACGCAGUUUGGAUGGAGCCGAGCCCCCAAAGGAGCGAAGACAUUCUCAAGAUUUAAUGGGUGAGUGGUGUGCUGCAACAAGGGCCCUUCCGUGCGUGGUGCACACCAGAGGUCGCUUACGCGUGAAGUAAAUAACGACUAAAGCAGAACAACCUAGGUUAUCCCUUCCUACUUAUUGGAUGUAAAGCUCAGUGGCGCUACUUUACAAUCGAUUUCGACGUCAUUUUUGGUCGGGGAACAGUCGCCGUUUGCUUGGCACUCGCAGGCCAUACUAUUCUUGAAAGUCUGUAUGUUCGACAAUAUUGAUUGACUGCUUGUUCGGCAGUAGUAAUGGCUUUGUUGGUUCUCGUUGGCCUUCUGUGGGUGGUUCUUCCGGAAAGGUAUAUCUCCGCUC